GAUUAAUGUCAAAGGCUGUUUCAAAAAAUAUGGUGGAGAGUCUUUCCAUUGCGGCUUUUAGGGUUGGUUAUCCAGUGGUAACUGAUGCUCUUGAUGCAUUUCACGACAAGGUUAAACCCAAGGGAGUGACAAUGACUGCAUUGUUUGCAAAAGCUGCAGCGAUGGCACUUGCUCAGCAUCCAGUUGUCAACGCAAGCUGUAAAGAUGGCAAGAGCUUUACGUUCAACAGUAACAUUAACAUUGCAGUGGCAGUCGCAAUCAAUGGUGGGUUAAUAACCCCUCUUCUUCAGGACGCUGAUAAGUUGGAUCUGUACUUGUUAUCUAAAAAAUGGAAAGAGUUGGUGGAGAAGGCCCGAGCAAAACAACUUCAGCCCCGCGAGUAUAAUUCAGGUACUUUCACUGUAUCCGAUUUAGGAAUGUUUGGAGUAGACAGAUUUGAUGCCAUCCUUCCUCCAGGCCACGGGGCUAUUAUGGCUGUUGGAGCAUCAAAUCCAACCGUGUUGGCUGAUAAAGAUGGAUUUUUCAGCGUUAAAAAUAAAAUGCUGGUGAAUGUGACAGCUGAUCACCGAAUCGUCUAUGGCGCUGACUUGGCUGCCUUCCUUCAGACCUUUGCUAGGAUUGUAGAGAACCCAGAGAGCCUGACAUUAUAAAUGCUGUGAUGAAUUUUUAUAGAAAGAAUGCUCUGUUGAUUUUGGCUUCAUUGCUUUGGUCUUUGAUGAGAUGAUGGCAUGUCUAUUGAGCAGAACACUGGGCACUGGAAGAUGGUUUAGCAGUGCCUUAGUUUCCUUGUGUCGUGAUUUUCUACGCAUUUCAUUACAAAUACUGUUGAGUAUAAUAUUAAAGAUGAAAAUAACAAGCUAGUUGUUGAAAGUUUUUGACAGAAGCCAGGGUAAUGUUUUGC